GAGUGGCCUCUCUCCGCAGCAGAGGGGAGGUUUUCUCUCGCUGCUCAUUGGUCGCGGCUCUCCCAUCUCACCAGCAUUUCCAUUCACACAACCAGGCGCUCCUUUUCGCCCCUUUCAAAAAAUAACUCACUGUCAUCAUCAUUGGAAAACGCCUUGGCCUGGACGGGACUAAUUAUUUGAAAUAGGAGGAGGACUGAUUGGCCCCAAAAAUCGACGAGCCCGAUCAAACGAGCAGCGCAGUAACGGCAGGGCCCAUUGGACACUGAUCUCCUCUUGGGCUUGCUGUCUAGUAGACAUGUUUCAAACUGUCCCUGACACGUCGUCUUACGUCAAGGUAAGACACCACCGUCUGUUGGAUCAGGAGGCGCUAUCAGUGGUGAGUGAAGACCAGUCCUUAUUUGAGCCUCCAUACGCUGCUGCCGCCCCCCUACCCAAAACAGACAUGACUGCAUCUGGCACACAGGACUACGGCCAGACCCACAAAAUCAACCCCUUACCCCCACAGCAGGAGUGGAUCAACCAGCCUGUGAGGGUCAAUGUCAAGAGAGAAUAUGAGCACAUGAACGGAUCCAGCAGGGAGUCUCCUGUGGACUGCAGUGUGGGUAAAUGUAAUAAGCUGGUCGGGGGUACUGACACCUCUCAAAUGACUUAUGGAAGCUACAUGGACGAGAAGAAUGCUCCUCCCCCCAACAUGACCACCAAUGAGCGGAGAGUAAUUGUACCUGCAGACCCUUCACUGUGGUCCCAGGACCACGUGCGCCAGUGGUUAGAGUGGGCCAUCAAGGAGUAUGGCCUGUUAGAGAUUGACACAUCAGUGUUCCAAAACACAGACGGCAAAGAACUCUGCAAGAUGAGCAAAGACGACUUUCUCCGGCUGACCACCAUGUACAACGCAGACGUGCUCCUCUCUCAUCUCAAUUACCUCAGGGAAAGUAGCUCAUCGUUAUCCUACAAUACACCAUCUCACACAGACCCGUCACCGCGUCUGGCUGCCAAAGAGGAUCCUUCAUAUGAUGCUGUACGGCGGACAGGUUGGUCCAACAACAUGCACAGUGGCAAAGGCUCACCAGUAGUUACUCAGAAUGUGACCAAGUCUACCGAGCAGCCCAGAGCGCAGCCAGAUCCUUACCAGAUUCUGGGCCCCACCAGCAGUCGCCUAGCCAACCCGGGUUCAGGUCAGAUCCAGCUGUGGCAGUUCCUCCUGGAGCUUUUGUCUGACAGUGCCAACGCAGGCUGCAUCACCUGGGAGGGAACCAACGGCGAGUUUAAGAUGACAGAUCCAGACGAGGUAGCACGGCGUUGGGGCGAGCGUAAAAGCAAGCCCAACAUGAACUACGACAAGCUGAGCCGUGCGCUGCGCUACUACUAUGACAAAAAUAUCAUGACCAAGGUGCACGGCAAACGCUACGCCUACAAGUUUGACUUCCACGGCAUUGCUCAGGCUCUGCAGCCGCACCCCACUGAGUCCUCUAUGUAUAAGUACCCCUCGGACCUAGCCUACGUGCCUUCCUACCAUGCUCACCAGCAGAAGGUCAACUUUGUGUCCCCGCACCCUCCAUCCAUGCCUGUCACCUCCUCCAAUUUCUUUGGACCCACUGCUCAGUACUGGAGCUCGCCUACUGCAGGCAUCUACCCCAACCCCAAUGUUCCUCGCCAUCCUAACACUCAUGUCCCCUCCCACCUGGGUAGUUAUUAUUAAAACAAGCCCCCUGACCAGUCACCAGUCUUGAAAAUCUCUCCCCAUUUGCUGGCCUGCACUCCUGGUAAAGCCAAACCAAUGAAGACUGAGUUGAAGGAGACAUUUAGUAUUCCUGAAUGAAGGAUGAUUAAAUUGAAGUUAUUUUUUUGUUGUGUGUAACAUUUCUAUAAACAACUGGAUGCCUUGGUCCAAAAUGGAAUACUACUUACCUUUACAAGACUAGCAACUGUUUGUUUUAUGGAUGUGCGUCUAUGUUUCCUGUGCCUUUCUCUCCCAUCGCGCUGAAAGCUUCAUCUACAAGCCAGUAGGUGUCCCUUUUACACAAUUGCCCAAAUAAAUCCUAAAAGGCACGAGACAAACCUGAGCCUGUCUGCCUCCUCGCUCCGACUACAGUUCCAGACAUGGGCCUAUUUUACUCAUAGGUCUCAAUCUACAUCUUUUGCAGUACAUUGUGUACAUUGUGCUUGAAAGCAUCCGUCUUCGCCGCUUGUCUACCGCCCCGGGUGGAAGAAACUCGGGGUUUUUCUUCCACUGCCUCUGUCUGCUUGUCUGUUUGUGUGUGUGCAGAGAGCCCUCUGGAAUUCGGCAGACAUAGAAGAGCCCGAACUUUUCUCAGCACUGAAUGAAAUUUGGCAACUGGAAUGUGCCGUUCAAUAUUACCAUUUAAUUUAUCCUCCAAACUGGAAGGCUAGGGAAGAGUUUGAUGCCGUAGAAGGAAGCGCUGUAUGUUUUGCUGACCUGGGUCAACUCAGUUGCUCAAAAAAUGUUUUUCUGUGUAUAUUUUGCGGAGCUGAUGGUGAUGACGGGUGACGUGUGCAGUAGGGUUGAGUCGAUUGCGCUGCGGAAGCAACAGCCGAGAUAUAAUUGUCGUUAAUUGCAGCAAUAAUUCGGCCCAGGUCGGAUGUGUUUACCGGGCCACACACCAGGCGGCUGCCGUGUUGUUGCAUCUCAGCCACACCAUUUCCAGAUGUUUCCAUCGCUCGAGUGUGUCAGUAUUAAUGUGAAUGUCUUCUGCUUUGUGAAACACAUGCAAAAGGGAUAGAAUUUAGCAAAAUCAAAAUUUGUCAGAUGUAAUUUUUUUUGUAAAAAAAAAAAAGAAAGAAAGUGACGCAUGUACAAAUUCCUUCACACUUUAGUUCAUGAUUCUAAAACAUGAAAGUGCCUUUUUGCAUAUGUGAAAUUGUUGAAGUGUUGAUAUUACCUGCCGUUGUGUAGUUGACGUUGUUUUUUCUAUCCAAAGUGCCUCGAGUGUUCAUUUAGUUUUGAAAUGUUCUAAGAAUAAAAGACCUGACCCUAACGGAGUUAGUGCCACGCUUAAACUGCUGAUUUAUCAAAGGAUUUAUCAUAUCUUGUCAACCAUUUAUAGAUGAGACUGUCCUAAAUCUUAAAUGCAAUAAAUAAUCUCACAACAAAUCUGACAAUUUUUGAUUUUGAAACCGCUCUGACAGUAGUAACUGCCAUGGUCUCUCUUUGCUCUUUAUAGGCCAGUCAGGACCAUACAGGUCAGUACCAAGAAGUGGCUUAGCUGUAAGUCGCCUUACCAGACAGUCAUGUUUUAUUUUAUUUUAUUUUUGUUUUUUUUAGCAGGGCUGGAUCCUAGUAUGAGAGCGGCAUGUUUGCUUGAAUGUUAGUUUCUCACUGAUCUUAUAGCCCAGCAAAAUGCACAUGAAUCUCAAGUUAGGAUUUCAUCACCAUUUUGUAACAGCGUGUCAAGCAUAUCCGUUGUAAUGUGUUCAAAGCUGUUAAUAUGAAAAGUAUUCCUUUCGAGAAACUGAAAAAUGGACACUUGAAAAAUAAAUUACUUUGAACGAGCGUAUCAGAGAACAAAACCAAUGAAGUAUGACGAGUUGAAACAAAGAAAUCCUCAGAUUCGCAAACGCUGUGCGUUUGUCAGACCUAUUUUGUAUUAUUUUAUAAACAUCAGUCAACUAGGCAUUAAAGCAACUUACUGUAUAAAUUAUGCAGAGUUAUUUUCAUAUGUGACACAGUAUUAAAAAGUCAUGAGAUAAUACGAGUUGACCUCGGUCAAAAAUGCAAACCUUAUAAGUCCAUUUCUGCUUAGUAGAUUGUUGAGCUUUUUAAGCGUUUUUAUAUCUGUACAUUUGGGCAAUGCAGUUUAACAUUUUUUUUUGUUUUCUCAUUGUUGUUAUUACUUCUGAAGAUUCGGUUGUAACAUCCUAAGUGCUUGUAAGUGUUAAAUAUAUUUUCCUGUAUUCCCAAAACCACCAAUGCCUGCUUGAAUCCAAUAAGACGGGGAUUCCUCUACUCUCUAUGCAACAUGUGAUAACGGUGGAUCAGGUCCAUUGCCGCACACUUUUCACACCUGGAAUUCAUAGCUAGCCCCCUGCUUUAGGGGUUUUCAGGUAUUUCUUUGCUAAAUAAUGCAUACAGUAUUAACAGCUUCUGUUGAAGAUGUAUAGCUUUAAAAGAACAAAGUAAAAGGGAACAUGUCAUGUGUAGCAUAAAGGAAUUAUUCUAUUGUACCCUUAACAUUCAUGUUUCAUAUGCAUCAUCAAUGAAAAGGGAUCUGUGCUACUUCGUAUAUGCAUUGUAUUUUGGGUAUCAAAUAUAUAUAAAUAUAUAUAAAUAUAUAUAUAUAUUUGUGUGUAUAACUUUUACAAUUAAGCAGUGUAUUAUUAAUAUUGUCAUUCCUGCAAUGUAUGAAGUAAAACCUUUUGAAAAAGGGCUUUUGUAUAGGAAAAUGUGACCAAAAUAAAUGUUUUUACCUCUCUA